GUGCGAGGCAGUGCCUUCAUCCGCUCGUGCCCUCGGUCUCUUGCCAUGGCCGCACCGAUGAUCCGGACCGUGGUGGUGAGGAACACGUUCCUGAAUGUCGAGGAGGACGCGGACCACCAGCUCCUCGGUUGCGCCCCGAUGCGGCGCUCGAAGUCCGUGGGCGACGACCCGGAGGUCGCAGCGGAGGUUGAGAUCGAGGCGGCGCCGAAGGACGCCGACGUCCCGCCCGCCGCCGCGGUGGCCGUCCACAGCGAGGAGGCCACGUGCUGCGGGCUGCCGAAGGUCACUUCGAAUGCCUCCGUCAGCACCAUGGUGCCCGAGGACGCCGAUGCAGCGCGCGGGCUGGCCGGGUUCCCGCUGCGGAACGUGGACUCGAGCAACUCGAUCAACAGCAUGCUUUCGGACUGGGCCGGACCCUCCCUGCGCAACGUCGGCUCUUCGGGCUCGGUGAGCAGCAUGGUAUCUGAAGUCGCGCGCGCGGAGGACGGUGCUGGCGAGGCGCGCGUUGACCAGCUGGCGCCCGCGGUUGCCAGCGCCGGCGGCCAGGCGACGGCCCCCCGGCGCGGGCGCGGGCGGCAGGUGCUCUCGUCCCCGCCGGCGCCGAAGGACUACUGCCACGGCCAGGUGCCCAAGCGCUGCGACCUCGCCAAGGAGUUCGCGCACGCCGCUCAGCAGGGCCCCCCGACGACCAUGAUGAUCAGGAACAUCCCGAACCACUUCACGCA